GCCAUGGUUACUUAGCCAUGUGCACACAAACAAACACAAAAAUCUUGAAAACAACUUUACGCCACUUCUAUAUACAGAUUUUCUGACGAAUAAAACCCAAAAAAUUUGCUCUAAUUUCCCACUUUCCACCACUUUUUUUCUCUCUCCUUUCAUUCUAUACUCUCUUGUUCUUGCUCGACUACUGCAGCAAGAAAUCACAACAUUUCUCCGCAAAAAACCCUCUCAAUUCAAUUUCCCACUUCAAUUCUCAACUUCCUCUUGUUUGUAAGUAUCUAAUUCAUAUAAUAUAUGUGCUGAUUUCACCAAUAUUAGCUUAGAAUUGAAAAAAACUUGAUUUUCUAUGCUUUAAUUGUAAAUUCAUUCCAAUUUCUCCAAAACCCUAAACCCUAUUAAAUAAAAAAAAACCCCAGAAUAAUGAGAGUGAACUUCAUAUGUUGUUCAAGUUGUAGUUAUCAUCAUCUUGUUGUUGCUGUUGUUGUUAAUGGUGAUGAUGAUGAUGAUGUCUCACUCACACUCUCAAAACAACAACAAUAACAACAACAACAAUUCGCAAACUCAUCAUCAUCAUCACCAUAAUCAGCCACCUCCACUCUGUCUUUCACCUCUCGCUUCGGUGCCGCCUCUUCCUUCAUCUUCUUCCUCCCACCGUGGUGCUGAUCAUGCUGUUCCCAUUUCUACUUUCCAAUCUGAGGUUCUUCCGGUGAGGGUUCGGCUUUCGGAUAUUGGGCCCUAUGAUGGGGCGCCUUGUGGGGGCUACUUGAAGGCUGUGGAUGCUCUUUCUGGGUCUCUAAUGAGGCAUAAUGCUGCGGUUCUUGAGCUCGGUAGCAACGAUGCUGCUAUUAUGCGGUGUGGGUUGGAGUCAGCGAGGUUGUAUUUCAGGAAUAGGGCUGUUAAUGUUGGGAAAGGAAGCAGAGGUGUGUACAUGUAUAGGGCUGGAAGGGCUCUGGAAGAUAGCGAUUCAUCUCCUCCAUGUAUGGCUGAAACUUUUAGAUGCUUGGGUAAGGCUGCUCGUGCUGUUUUGUGUGCUAUUGCAAGGCACCUCCGUCUGCGUAGCGAUAUUUUUAACCAUCUGCUUGAUGAUAACCCACUGCCCGCCAAUGAGGCAUCCUCUUCGGUGCUCGUCGCAACCUAUAUUCCUGCUCCUAUGCAAAAUGGAAAAGGGGCUAUUGGAGGAGGCAAACCAUCUGUCAACGGAGAAUUUGAGAAGGGACUGUUAACGCUCAUAUCGUCCGAUACUCCUGGCCUUCAGGUCUGUGACCCCAAUGGUCGAUGGUACCCGGCAGAUAGUGGAUUAGGGUCUGGUUCUGUUUUGUUACUGACAGGAAAGGCACUUAGUCAUGCUACAGCAGGGCUUCGUCCUGCUGCCUCAUACCGUGCAGCGCCUGAUAUCUCCUCUGUAGCUGGUUGUGUUGGAAGGACUUCAUUAGCCUUUAGGCUUAUGCCGCAGAGCAAUGCCAUUUUGGACUGUUCACCCAUUACUACUGCUGGUCAUGUCAUUCCUCAUAGUUAUGUUCCGAUAUCAGUAAGCCAAUUCAUGGAUGAUAUCUCUGCAGAAGAAGAUGCUUUAUGCAAUCACAAUGACAGUACAUAUGUGGAGCAAAAUAAUACCAACAAGGAAGCAUCGUUGAGAAGUGUGCUUUCAGAUCCCUUAUCUGGUGCAUUUCUUGAAGAUGCUGUAGUCGUCUCUUGUGGACACUCAUUUGGGGGUCUCAUGCUGAGGAAGGUUAUUGAAUCGUCCAGGUGCAUGCUCUGUCAUUCAGAAGUCGAGACCCGGUCAUUGAUUCCAAACCAUGCUCUAAGAGCUGCAGCGGCAGCUGUCAAGCAUGAGGAUGAUCGACGACUAUUCCAUAAUGCAGCACUCCGAAAGCGACGUAAAGAAUUUGGUGAUCAGAUAGAUUUGGGAAGAAGGAUUAACAAGGAAGAUGGGGAUAUUUCUCCAGAUAUUGGGUUGCAAAGAGUUCAGUAUCCAUUUUCUGUUAGUGAGAAAGUGAUGAUAAAGGGAAACAGGAGAACGCCAGAUAAAUUUGUAGGAAAAGAAGCUAUAAUAACAUCUCAAUGUCUUAAUGGAUGGUAUUCACUCAAAAUUAUUGGAAGCGGAGAAAGUGUUCGCUUGCAAUAUAGAUCUUUGCGAAAGCUGAAUGCUUCUCAGACAAGUGAGGAUAGAUGUGCACCAGAGCCUAUUCAAAGUAGUAGCAGAGAACAUAACUCCUGAUUGCUCCAUCCCAACUCUUUUGAUCGACAUUGUCUUUGUCGUGUAAAUUGUUCUCAAAGAUCACUAGUUACUUUCUCACCAUGCCUUGAUUAGGAUCUUUUGAUAGCUUUCGAACGACUUCUUGUAUUUUCCUGAUUUUUUUUACUUAGGAAGAAAAUUACAGUAGCUUGUGAUUUGCUGUCGAGAUUCGUGUAUAGACAUGUAGGAAGCCUAAGGGCAUUUUACCAAUACGGCUAUUGUUCUUGCCGACUUUGUACCAUGAAUUAGCAUAGUGAGUGCAUUUGAAGUCAUAUUGAGUGGACUUAUAUGGUAUGUAUCUUUGCUUC